UAUACCUAUAAAUACAACGCGCAUAUUUUACCUACUCGUUAUUAUCAGUUGUUCUUCCGAUUUAUUCUGUUUGGAGCUGAUUGCUUACGCGGGUUUUGAUUUUUGAACUUGGUUGUAAUUUUGAUGAAUUUAUCGGUGAGUGUGAAAAAAAUGUUGUGAUUAUUCGAAAAUGCAUUUUGUGAAUUUUUUAAUUCGGUGAAAUUGAAUUUAUUUUAUUUUAUUUCCUUCAAGGAAGCGUAAACUGGCUUUUCAAUUAUGACGAUGUUGUUUUUAAAGCAAUAAUACUUGAAUAAGGGUUUUUUUAUGUUUCAGUUUUAAAAAAUAGAAAAAAUGGAGAUAGAAAAAUCAAACACAAACGAUGCCUACGCUUAUAAAAAAUAUGGAGAACAGGACUCGGAUUUAGUAAACAUUGGAAAUCUCGACUUGAUGGCUAAACGUCUAAAUUUGAAUCCGGAAUGUUUGACUCUAAAAGACUUAAUCAACGGUUUAUAUAAAAUUUUUGAAAGCGACGAAGUAAAUGUCGAAGAAGUUUACGCUUUGAUGGCAGCUUACAAAAGUAACCCUGCCGAAUGGUUAAAAUAUGCAAAAUUUGAUAAAUUUAGGUAUACGAGAAAUUUGGUGGAUGCCGGAAACGGAAAAUUCAAUUUGAUGGUUUUAUGUUGGGGUGAAGGUCACGGAUCUAGUAUUCACGAUCAUGCCGAUGCUCACUGUUUCAUGAAAAUGUUGGCGGGUGAAUUAUGCGAAGUUAGAUUCGAAUGGCCUAAAGAAAAUCCCAACACAAGUGACCAAAGUGCAUCGCACAUGACAGAAAUUUCUAGAACUAAAUUACCUACAAAUGGAGUAUGCUACAUUAACGAUUCUCUAGGAUUGCACAGAGUGGAAAAUUUGAGCUACUCCGAUGUUGCUGUUAGUCUGCAUUUGUAUUGCCCUCCAUUUCAAGCUUGUAGAGUAUUUAAUGAACGCACUGGUCACAGUAUGAAAGCACCUGUUACAUUCUGGUCCAUGUAUGGCAAGAAAAACAAAAAGGAGAAAAAUCCAAGUAUCGAACCUGAAGAUAACUGAACAAAGUUUCCUACCCCCCCCCCCCCCCCGGGGGAUUCGUCAAAAUCAAAACAGUUGAGAAUACUACCUAUUACUCGUAAUGUUGCAUUUUCUAUUUUCUAAGGAUUUCUAUUCGCAUAAAUAGGUACCUAGACCUACCUACAUUACAUUCACCUGAACCUUUGUGAGUCUAAGUAUACUUAAUAAGGAAGUACCAAGACGUACCAAUUAUCGAAUAGUUAAGUUACUAUGUUGAUAUGAUUUACGUAGAUUACUGAAAAUACCUUGUAUAUGGUACCAGUAUUAUAAUCUUAUUGUGUUUUCAUGCUUACGUUGUUAGAACCAUACAUUAGUCAUUUCUCAUUUUUUUGCAUAAAAGUGUAAGAUUUGUAAUACUUACUUAUUUUGUAAUUAUUAAUUUUUCAUAAAGGGUUUUCAAUGUUGAA